AUGCAGAUGGCAUGGUACCUCAUUUGGGAGACAAUCCUCAACAUCCUCGCUGAAAUCACCUACUUUGCGGACCGCAGCUUCUACGACGCCUGGUGGAACAGUGUCUCCUGGGAUCAAUUCGCCCGCGACUGGAACCGGCCCGUCCACAACUUUCUCCUCCGGCACGUCUACCACAGCUCCAUCUCCUCAAUGAAGGUGAACCGCCACACGGCGACCCUCAUCACCUUCUUCCUCUCGGCCUGCGUCCAUGAGCUGGUCAUGUGGUGCAUCUUCAAGAAGCUCAGGGGCUACCUCCUCUUCAUGCAAAUGUGCCAGCUGCCGCUUGUCCAACUAAGCCGCACGCGGUGGCUAAAGGGCCGCAAGGUCCUUGGCAACAUCAUGUUCUGGUUCGGCAUCUUCACAGGGCCGAGCCUGCUGUGUAGUCUGUACCUCAUUCUGUGA